AUCCAAGUCUUGCGCUUCGCUGCUGGUGAUCGUGUGACUUCAGCUGCUCGUCGUCGUGUAUGUAGUGGACGGACAGCCGAGCGGCCGGAGCUGGCUGGCUGGCUCAGACUGACUGACAAAUUGAUUGGCGCAGGAUUCCUGAGCUGCAAAUCUUCUCUCCAGAUUUCCGAGCCCCUCUCGGAAAAGUGAGAGCCUCCGUCCACGAGAGAUGAUCUGACAGAUUCGAUAAUCGUCCCCAUGAAGUAUCAGAAGCUUCCUUCGAGAGAUGACUUGGAAAUUCAGAUUCCCUCGAAUGUUCGACCGGCGGUAUCGUCCGUUCACGUCUCAGCUUAUUCAACUCGGGCUUCGGUGAAAUUCGGGUUGUUCUGCUUCGUUUUCAUCUCGUUAUAUUGUCUCAUAUACAGCCCAUUGUCCGCAUGGACAACGGAACCAGGCAUUGCGCCCAACUUGACGUGGGUUCUCCGGCAACGCGAGUCCUUCCUGUACAUACUCCAACCCCAGAAUUUCACGGCGAUCCUGGCUCCAACGGAAAGCCGCUGUGAUCCCCAACGACUCGUGACAAUCGUCGUGUGCUCAGCUGCAGGGAAUGAUGUCGCCAGGCGGGCGAUCCGCGAAUCUUGGGCAACAGAAUAUCCUGAUGAUAGUCGCGUGUUCUUCCUGGUGGGGAAAGGUGCGCCCAACGACACCAAGCUCCAGGAGAAGCUAGAGAUGGAGGCGGAGCACUAUGACGACUUGAUUCAGGAAGACUUCUUCGACUCGUACAACAAUCUGACGCUGAAGUCAGCUUUCUUGCUGAAGUGGGCGAAUUAUUCAGGUUGCGCCGCUUCGUCGCGGUAUAUUUUGAAAACCGACGACGAUAUGUACAUAAAUGUUCAGAAUCUUGUCAAUGUGUUGCGAGUCAAAGGGAAGAGCAGAAUGCUCCUGGGUAGUCUCAUAACGAAGGCGAAGCCCGUGCGAGACUUCAAAUCGAAAUGGUACGUUCCAUCGUAUGUCUUCUCGGAAAAGAUGUACCCAGAUUAUCUGUCGGGUACGGGUUACGUCAUGUCGACAGACAUCGUCUCGGAUCUCUUGAGGAUGACUGAGAGUACACCCUUCUUCCACAUGGAGGACAUAUAUGUCACUGGACUAUUGGCGCGUCGCCUCGGGGUUCGAAGACUCAAUCAUGAAGGCUUCAAAUACUUCAAACGAAAAAACAACGUAUGUGUCUUCCGGAGGCUCAUCUCCGCUCACAUGAUGGCGCCCUGGGAGCUUCGUAAGAUGUUCGCAGACGUUCAUGACAAAACGAAGUCCUGCAGGUAG